UACUGUUUAUUCUCUUGGACUACAUUACGGCUUGGAAUCCGAUUUAGCUGGGUGUUAAAUAAACUGGGGCCUCUGUUAAUGAGCUGUCAAAGGAGAAACUCAUUACAAAAGGAUUCAUCGGAGACACUCAUGAAUAUUUUGUAAGGGAGGUUUCUUCAGCUGAAUGGACUGGCUGAAUGUUGGUGUGUACUUUGCAGGCGCACCAUCCCCGCCAGGCGGCUGCUGACACAGAAAGAGCACAGAGGAGCAGUUCGGCAGGAGGUGUGCGUCUCCGGAGCAUCUGCCGCUCUCUGCAUGCUCACCGGGGUCUUCUAGCACUUGACUUUUUUUUAAGCUCUUGAAUUUCUUUUGCACUGUGUUGUUUUUCCUCGUUUUGAAUGGCAUAACAUUUUUGGUGGGGUAAACGUUUCGAUUACCCUCACAGAAAUGACCGCACGAGAACCCACUUCGAAUGAGCUCAUGGCUCCGGAUGCUGAAUCCUGCAUUCGAACUUUCAAGGAGCAUAUGCAUUUGGAACUGGAGCCCCCGAAACUGUCAGGGAAGAGGAGCACGUCUCCGAAAAUCUCACCCCGUAGCUCUCCGAGGAAUUCGCCUCGCCUCUUCCGAAAGUUGCUGGUUAACAAAAGCAUCCGUCAGCGGAGACGCUUCACCGUGGCUCAUACAUGCUUCGAUGUUGAAAAUGGCCCAUCUCCGAGCCGCAGCCCUCUGGACCCUCAGGCGAGUCCCGGCUCCGGCCUCGUCCUGCACACCAACUUCCCUGGGCACAGCCAGCGCCGAGAGUCCUUCCUGUACAGAUCCGACAGUGACUAUGACUUGUCGCCCAAGUCCAUGUCGAGGAACUCCUCGAUUGCAAGUGAAGUGCACGGGGACGACCUGAUCGUGACGCCUUUUGCUCAGGUACUUGCAAGUCUGCGCAGCGUAAGGAACAACUUCACCGUUCUGACCAACUUACAUGGAGCCCCUAACAAGAGAUCACCGGCGACAAGUCAGCCUCCCAUCACCAGGGUCAGCCUGCCAGAGGAAUCGUAUCAAAAGCUAGCAAUGGAAACGAUGGAAGAACUGGACUGGUGUUUGGACCAGCUUGAAACGAUACAGACUUAUCGUUCUGUCAGUGAGAUGGCAUCCAAUAAGUUCAAGAGAAUGCUGAACCGGGAACUGACACACCUGUCAGAAAUGAGCCGUUCUGGCAAUCAAGUCUCGGAGUACAUCUCUAACACCUUCUUAGACAAACAGAACGAUGUGGAAAUCCCAUCCCCCACAUCAAAAUGCCGGGAAAAGAAGAAGAAGCAGCAGCUGAUGUCUCAGAUCAGUGGCGUGAAGAAAUUGACUCACAGCUCCAGUCUAAACAACACGAGCAUUUCAAGAUUCGGGGUCAAAACUGAGAACGAAGAGUUCCUCUCCAAGGAACUGGAGGACCUAAAUAAAUGGGGCCUGAAUAUUUUUAAAGUGUCCGAAUAUUCACAUCACAGACCUCUCACAUGCAUAAUGCAUGCAAUCUUUCAGGAGAGAGACCUACUGAAGACCUUCAAGAUUCCUGUUGACACACUUGUUACCUACAUGAUGACCUUGGAGGAUCACUAUCACUCUGAUGUGGCCUAUCACAAUAGUCUUCAUGCUGCUGACGUGGCCCAGUCAACCCACAUUCUUCUGUCAACUCCAGCCCUAGACGCCGUCUUCACUGACCUGGAGAUUCUUGCUGCACUAUUUGCUGCUGCCAUCCAUGAUGUGGAUCACCCAGGUGUCUCUAAUCAGUUCUUAAUCAACACCAACUCCGAGCUGGCCCUCAUGUACAAUGAUGAGUCUGUCCUGGAAAACCACCACCUGGCUGUGGGCUUCAAACUGCUGCAGGAAGAAAACUGUGACAUCUUCCAGAACCUCAGCAAGAAGCAGCGGCAGUCACUGAGGAAAAUGGUCAUUGACAUGGUUUUGGCAACUGAUAUGUCCAAACACAUGAGCCUGCUGGCAGACUUGAAGACCAUGGUGGAGACCAAAAAGGUGACAAGUUCAGGAGUACUGCUGCUCGAUAACUACACAGAUAGGAUCCAGGUUCUUCGCAACAUGGUGCAUUGUGCCGACCUGAGCAAUCCAACCAAGUCUCUGGAGCUCUACCGCCAGUGGACAGACAGGAUCAUGGAGGAGUUCUUCCACCAGGGAGAUAAAGAGAGGGAGAGAGGGAUGGAAAUCAGCCCGAUGUGUGAUAAACACACUGCCUCGGUUGAAAAGUCACAGGUGGGAUUCAUUGACUAUAUCGUCCACCCACUGUGGGAGACCUGGGCAGAUCUGGUCCACCCGGAUGCACAGGACAUCUUGGACACGUUAGAGGACAACAGAAACUGGUAUCAGAGUAUGAUCCCACAGAGCCCGUCGCCCCCAUUUUACGAGCAAGACAAAGACAAUCAUGGCACCGGAGAAAAAUUUCAGUUUGAACUCACACUAGAGGAGGAAGACUCUGAGGGAGCUGAACGAGAGGAAGACUGUCAAGGGCAGGAUAGUGUCAGCAAUGCCGGGUCCCAAAUGGAGUCCAAUGAGUACACGCUCUUGGAGGAACAACUGGAAGGGACCCUAAUCAAAAUCGUGACAGAAGACGCGUCACCCGUGGACACAUAGUGAUGCAGGAGGAUAUUGAUGAUUGGCGUUGUGUUCGCUGAUUGAAUGAAGGAGCAGCCUUGCACACUGGGUUGUAAAGCCUGAGGCUAACUUUAGCAGGGAGAGGUUUCCUCGCACCCUUGCAUUGGGAGUUGAGGGUUUGGCUGAAGUGAAAAGAGUAGGAGAAGGAGCUCUCAGGAAUUUUCUGCUGAAAAUCGGAACUUGACUCAUUAGCGUUUUUAAAAAAAAAAAAAUAA